AUGAUUAGCCCACGGAGUAUUUUACUAGCCCUUUUGGCAUUCACCCCCUCUAUCUACGCCCAUGGGUCUCAUGGCGAUAACCAAGAUCGCUCCAACCUCGACUGGGCAACCCUCCACAUGAUGGAGGAGCACCACAUCACAUCAUUUGACGCCAGAUCCUUCUUUUCACUACACGACUAUGAUAACUCCGGGUUAUGGACAACAGACGAAGUGCGACGAACAUAUGGUCUGGAUGAUGAAUCGAAUGCGGCAUUAACCGAAGAACGAAAACAACAAAUACUUCGAGAGGUUUUUAAUAUCUUCGACCCUCUUAAGACAGGCGUGAUUUCAGCCAACGACUAUGUGCGUCUCACACAGCAAGGCAAGAAGCUGCCUGAUUUUGGAACUGGACCCGGACACCAUGGUGACAUGGAGUACGAAUAUGAAAUUCAUCACUUUGAGAAGUACCAUGGAGAUGAUGCAAAAGAGGAAGAUUUGACCCAUCCGGAGGAUAUUGAACACUUUAGAAAGCAUGACAGGGAGUAUGCCGAAAGCCUCAGAUUGGAGAAGCUUGAAAGCAUGGAUAUUGUGCUUGCCAAUAUUCCUGCCAAAUUUUUGAAAAGUCCAAGUGCGUAA